AUGCAUCUCACCACCCUCACCACCACCGCCACCGCUCUUCUCUCCCUCGCGGCGGCGGCACCUGCGCCUGCACCGGCAACGGGCACGCAGCUCUCGCGCCGCGCCUGCACGACGCAAUACCCCACGCACCUCUUCCAGAUCAUGCAGGACGACCCGGAACACAACACGGGCGACCACGGCUACGUAUACACAGCCCAAAGCGUCGACGACGCGACAAAGGCGAAGACACACCAAUGGAUCACAGAACUACAAUUCGCGGGCAUACCCGCCGGCGCGUACGGGUGCAGCGUCGAGCUCUUCUUCGAAGCGGGGUACAACGACGGCGGCGCCAACAACCAGCCCGGCAUCACCACCACGGGCGGCACGCCCGAGAACCCGGUCCGCCUGGACUUCUUCGCCACCGCCGACGGCAGGGACGUCAGUCUGGCGGAUUCGUGGCUGAGCCACCCGGCCGAGGGGGCGAGGGUCGGGACGGCGCAGGUGGUGGCGAGGAGCGACGCGGAUACCCGGGUGACGGUCGUGACGGGGGAGUGCAGGAGCACGCUGAAUUACCUCGUGGAGGUGCAGGGGGAUGGGGCGGGGAGCGUUGGGUUCUUCCAGAGCCCGCCGAAUGGGUUGAGGUUGACGUAUAACUGCUGA